UUAAAAUCAAAUCAAGCACAGCAAAUCCACAUUUCCGGUAUACAACAUAAACAAUACAAAAUGAUAACUUUUUCUAGAUUUCUUAGCCAUAGAGCAAUGGCAACUGGAAAUGUGUUAUUGUUUAAACAAAUGCCAUUGGUUCCCAUCCAGUCGAGACCAUAUUUUGUUGAUGGAUCUCCGACAAUUGGUAAAAAGCAAGAUCGUGAAAGCCCUGACUUCAAGGAAAACUAUGAAGUCAUGUCAAAUCUGGUUGGAGAACUUAAAGGAAGAAUAUCAACUAUAGUUCAGGGUGGAGGGGAAAAGGCGAGACAACGACAUGUAUCCCGAAACAAGCUUUUGCCAAGAGACAGAAUCAAUAGACUUUUAGAUCCAGAGUCUCCGUUCCUAGAGCUGGGUCAGCUGGCAGGCUAUGAGUUGUACAAGGGGGAGGAGGUGCCAGCUGGGGGUAUCAUCACAGGCAUUGGCAGAGUGGCAGGUGUGGAGUGUAUGAUAGUUGCCAACGACCCGACUGUCAAAGGGGGCUCCUAUUACCCUAUUACUGUGAGGAAGCAUUUACGGGCACAGGAAAUAGCACAGCAGAAUUGCCUCCCUUGCAUUUAUCUUGUGGACUCUGGUGGUGCCAACCUGCCUCGCCAGGCAGAUGUCUUCCCUGACAGAGACCACUUUGGUCGCAUCUUUUUCAAUCAAGCUAACAUGUCUGCCCUUGGAAUACCUCAGGUUGCUGUGGUGCUGGGUUCCUGUACGGCAGGUGGUGCAUACGUUCCCGCCAUGGCUGAUGAAAGUAUCAUUGUGCGCAAACAGGGAACCAUCUUCCUUGGUGGACCACCAUUGGUGAAGGCAGCUACAGGAGAAGAAGUGUCUGCAGAAGACCUGGGUGGGGCUGACCUACAUUGCAGCAAGAGUGGUGUGACAGACUACUACGCUCACGAUGACGGGCAUGCCUUGCACCUUGCCAGGAACUGCAUCAGAAACAUCAACUAUAAAAAAGACCCACAGGUAACAGUGACCUCCCCUGACCCUCCAUUGUAUUCAGCAGACGAACUUUAUGGCAUUGUGGGAGGAAACCUGAAAAAGACAUUUGAUGUCAGAGAGGUUAUAGCCCGUAUAGUGGAUGGAAGUCGUUUUGAUGAAUUUAAAGCAUUAUAUGGGGAAACAAUAGUCACAGGUUUUGCAAGAUUAUGGGGUUAUCCAGUAGGAAUAAUAGGAAACAAUGGAGUAUUAUUUGCGGACUCAGCUUUAAAGGCAACCCAUUUUAUAGAGUUAUGUUGUCAAAGGAACAUUCCACUGCUGUUCCUGCAAAAUAUAACAGGGUUCAUGGUAGGCCGUGAGGCAGAGGCAGGUGGAAUUGCGAAGCAUGGGGCCAAGAUGGUUACGGCGGUGGCAUGUGCCAAGGUUCCAAAGCUGACUGUGAUCAUUGGGGGCUCGUAUGGGGCUGGCAACUAUGGGAUGUGUGGCAGAGCUUACAGUCCCCGGUUCCUGUACAUGUGGCCCAAUGCACGCAUCUCUGUGAUGGGUGGGGAGCAGGCUGCCAAUGUGCUGGCACAGAUAACCCGUGAACAGCGAACCAGGGAGGGCAAGGAGUGGACAGAUGAGGAAGAGAAAGCGCUUAAAGAUCCAGUGAUCCGUAGAUUUGAGGCGGAGGGGAGUCCGUACUUCUCUAGUGCAAGACUCUGGGAUGACGGUGUUAUAGACCCAGCAGACACCAGAAAUAUUCUCGGACUAUCAUUGUCGGCAGCCCUUAACCCAGAGAAACAGAAGACGCAGUUUGGUGUGUUCCGAAUGUGAUAUAUUGGUUGACAUGUAUGGGAAUAACUGGGGCUAUCAGGGCUUUGUGGUUAAUAGCGUGUUAGAUAAAUUAUCUCUGGUUGGCCAAAUUUGUAACUUUCUCACUAGAUUGUUGUUUUACAGCUAUUUGUGGUUGAACAAUUUGGCUACUUGGUAACUAAAUGAUUCUAUGACUGAGGAACAAAACUAAUUGUGGUAACACACAUUGGUUUCUUCCUAACUUAAACUACAACAUCAUUGCAACAAAGGAUGCUGUGUUCAGAAUAAGACCACACUUGUCUGAACAUCUGAACGUUUUUCUACAACUACUGAUAAGUAGAAUUUAUGUUUUGUCUUGAUCUGUAGUAAUCAUGCUAGUGAUUACAAAUAUGGUACAAUUUAUGCAUUUCUGGAACAAAUUAGAUGUAGCAUCUGAUGAAAGUUUUAGAUGGAAGUUUUAUGAUAAUAAAUGUCCUACAAAAUUUAUUACAUAAAGUAAAUUUUUUUUCGUUUUUCUUGGAAUGAAAAGAUAUGUAGACAUAAUAUGAAGUAUUGCAACAUAACUCAACACAAAUGGUUAUUUGCUUACACUAUAUAUCCACUGCCAUGCCAGUCAUUGUUAUUCUUUUAUUUUAAUUGUGAAAAAGUUGAAUGGCAUUCAUAGAAAUGCGAUGGACUAUAUAUUGCUGUGCAUAAGAAUGUUUUAUUGUGCUGUUGACAGUAUAGUACAUCUAGCUCAUUGCUUUAGUGUUUGUUUUAUUGAUGGCAGCAAUCACUAAUUUUUGUAUAAAUGUUUUUACACAAAGCAGUGACAUUAUCAAGCUUUGAUUGUGUGAAAACGAUGAUUUUUGUAUUGAUUAAAUACUCAACUGCAGAAUUGUUAAGAAAGCUGAAUUUUAUGUCAUACUGAAAAAUCAGACUGAUCAAAAUGAUUAUUUAUAUGGCACUGUGUAUGGGUAAUAUGUUUUAUUGUUGUGGAUCGCUUCCGACAAUCCUAAUUGAUAAAAUACAUAUUUUACGCAAACAUCGCUCUGUUGUGUGUAGAAGUCUAUAUAUGCUAUAUUUAAACUUAAAAACACAACUUUCAAGGGAUGAGUUAUUUGUAAAUAAACAACUUGCUAUAAUA